AUGGAAGAGAAGCAACGCCAAGCACAAGCCGAAGGUCUACGCACCAUCGCCUUCUUCGGCGUCUGCCUCAGCACGAUGGCCACGUUGGCCUGCGUCAUUGCCGUGCCAAUGGUUUACAACCACGUACAGCACGUGCAGUCCGUCAUGCAGAGCGAGAUCGACUUUUGCAAAAUGAGGUCGGGCAACAUCUUCAGGGAAGUCACUCGAACUCAGGUCCUCUCCAACGUCCACCCACGUAAGGCCCGUCAAGCCGGCUACGACUCGGCCGUCUCUGCCGGCCCAGUCUCAGCUCCAGCCCCAGCCCCGUCGGGAGGCUGCUGUGGUUGCGGCGUCUCUCCAGCUGGCCCACCAGGCCCACCUGGACCAGACGGAAACCCAGGACAAGACGGAAACUCCGGUGCUCCAGGCAAAGACGGUCAACCAGGUGCUCCACCUCCACCAGCCCCACGUUACGAGCCUUGCUUCGACUGCCCAGCUGGUCCAGCCGGUGCUCCAGGAACUCCAGGACCAAAGGGAUCAAACGGUAACGCUGGUGCUCCAGGACAACCAGGUCAGCCCGCUGCACCAGGACCACAAGGACCACCCGGCCCCGGUGGACCACCAGGACAGCCAGGAAACGACGGUCAACCAGGUGCUCCAGGACAACCAGGCCAGCUCAAGGAGGUUCCAGGCGCUCCAGGCCCAGCCGGACCACCAGGUCCAGCUGGUCCACCAGGAGAAUCCGGUCCAGGAGGCAACGAUGGUCAGCCAGGUCAACCAGGUGGACCAGGUGAAUCAGGUGACGCCGGUAGUGAUGGUACUCCAGGAUCUCCAGGUGGUUCAGGACAAUCUGGUCCCGAUGGUGAAGCUGGUCCAAAGGGCGGUUGUGAACACUGCCCACCUCCUCGUACUGCUCCAGGCUACUAA